GGAAAAAAAUAAAAUCUAACGUUUGGAAAGGAUAAUAAAAAUCUCUCGACCGAUACGUGUGAAUCUUAUUUCGCUGGAAAGGAAGACAGUGGAGGCAUCAACUGCUGUUGCUCUUACUGGGAAGGACAUUAACAGUUCAUAUUCUGAAGAAAAAUAAAGGAUGUUCAAUGGCUAUCUCUCUCCUGUCUGGAGAAAAACACACAUGAAGGGCUGACCUGCUGCAGAACAACACAUCUGACAUAAUGGCUCACUAUAAGGAAAUUACUAGCAAAAAGGUUUCUUCUCUUAAUUUGGUGACAGGAUUUUUUCAGUAUUUGCGUGAUGAACAGGAGGCAGUGCAGAAAAGAACUUUCACAAAAUGGAUCAAUUCCCAUUUGGCAAAGCGCCAGCCUCCUUUGGUGAUUAAUGAACUAUUUGAAGACAUUAAAGAUGGAGUGAUGCUGCUAGCCCUGCUUGAGGUUCUGUCAGGGCAAAAACUACCUUGUGAGCAGGGUCGUCAGCUGAAACGGAUACAUUGGCUGUCCAACAUUGGCACUGCCCUCAAGUUUCUGGAGGGCAGACGGUCUGUAUACAGAGGAUCUCCGAUCAAAUUAGUCAACAUAAACUCAACAGACAUUGUUGAUGGAAGACCGUCAAUAGUACUUGGUUUGAUAUGGACCAUCAUAUUGUAUUUCCAGAUUGAAGAGUUGACCAGCAAUCUACACGUGCUGCAGUCCCUGUCCAGCAGCACCUCAUCUUUGGACAGUUCUGAGACAGCAAGCCCACCUGUGAAAAGAAAAGUCAUACCUAAGUUCCAAGGGAAUGCCAAAAAGGCCCUGUUGAAAUGGGUACAACACACAGCCGCAAUGCAACUGGGCAUCGAAGUGAAAGACUUUGGGAAGAGCUGGCGGAGUGGUGUUGCCUUUCAUUCUGUCAUCUAUGCAAUCCGCCCAGACCUGGUGGACAUGGAUAAAGUGAGGAGGAGAACUAACAGAGAGAACCUUGAGAAUGCCUUUACUGUUGCUGAAAAUGAACUGGGAAUCCCACGCCUGCUUGAUCCUGAAGAUGUGGACGUUGACAAGCCAGAUGAGAAGUCUAUCAUGACUUAUGUAGCUCAGUUCUUAAAGCAUUAUCCAGACCCCAAUAACACAGAGACGGAUGGGCAAGGCGAAGAGAAGGAGGACCGGCGGAUGCUGAGAGAGGUCAAGGCCUGGCUGGAACAGUACGAAAGAGACCUCAGCAAAGCACAGGAGUCUGAAGGAAAUCUACAGGAGAAAUACCAGUUAUUCAAGAGUUUUAGAGUUCAGUAUGAGAUGAAAAAGAAGCAGAUUGAAGCAUUACUACAGCCUGUACAGAGAGAGGGGAAGCUGUCAGUGGACCAGGCCUUGGUGAAACAGGCAUGGGAGAAAGCCACUGCCAGGCUGCUAGAGUGGCAUACUCAGCUUGAUAAGUCUUUGCCUGGACCCCUUGGUGCUAUUGGAGCCUGGCUGCACAGGGCAGAGGAGGCCCUGCGGGAGGAGAUUACAGUUCAGCAGGCCCAUGAGGAGACAGCAAACAUUAUCCACAGGAAACUUGAGCAGCACAAGGAAGUGUUGAAAGACCUGGAGGGGCAGAAGCAGACAUUCCUGCAGAUCCACAGGGCUGGUUCAGUUAAUGGAGUCCCCAUACCCCCAGAGCAGCUAGAGGACAUGGCACAGAGAUUUCACUUUGUUUCUUCAACGGCGCAAAUCCAUUUGAUUAAACUAGAAUUCUGGGAACUGAAGUAUCGCCUGCUGGCUUUCCUGAUGCUUGCAGAAUCAAUGCUGAAAUCCUGGAUCAUAAAGUAUGGAAGAAGAGAGUCCGUGGAACUACUGCUGCAGAACUACGUUUCAUUCAUUGAAGGAAACCAAUUCUUUGAACAGUAUGAAGUUACAUACCAAACUCUGAAACAGACAGCUGAAGAAUAUAUAAAAUCUGAUGGCUCAGCUGAAGAGGCAGAAGGCUUGAGCAAGUUCUUGAAUGACACAGCGGCACAGUGGAGGAACUUGUCUGUAGAGGUUCGGAGUGUGCGCAGCAUGCUGGAAGAGGUGAUCUCCAACUGGGACAAGUACAGCAGCACAGUAGCUGGAUUACAGGCCUGGCUGGAGGAUGCAGAGAAAAUGCUGAACGAGCCCGAAAAUGCCCAACGGGAGUUUUUCAGAAAUUUACCCCACUGGAUCCAACGGCACACAGCUAUGAACGACGCGGGGAAUUUUCUAAUUGAGACCUCUGAUGAAACUGUUUCCCGGGAUCUUAAACAGCAACUGCUGUUACUUAACGGAAGAUGGAGGGAACUAUUUGUGAAAGUCAAACAAUAUGCAAGAGCUGACGAAGUGGACAAAAUAAAGAAGGAAUAUCAGGAUGGAAUUUCUGCUUUGAAAGCUUUUCUGGACACAGCAAAUGAAAAAAUGACAGCACCCCUAGAUGUGUCCUUUUUGAAUGUCAGGACCUUUGUGCAGGAGGUAGAGGAUACCAAGCAGAAAGUUCCAGUAAUGGAAGCUCAGUACAAGACUGUCACCAGGAACGCUCAGGUCCUCAACAAGGACAUCCCUCCAGAGGAGGCCACCGAGAUGCUUGCUACUAUGACGGGAAUCAAGGAAAAACUGAGCAAGAUAAGAGAGAUAUACCUGCCAUUGCUGCGUGAAUCUCAGUCACUGCUCUCCCCACUGGAGGAAACAGAGAAACAGAUCACCAGUUUUUAUGAGUCUCUGGAGAAGGCCAGCGUCAUCACAGCAGGCAGAGACACAGAGACUCAAGCACCUGGGGACUUCCAGCAGCAGUGCCAGGAAUUACUUAUUUGCCAAGAAAACUGCAAGAAAUCCUUAGCUGUGAUUGGGAAGAACAGCCAGACUAUUCAAUGUGUGCUCGCCAGCAGCAAGACUCUGCAGCAUUUUGAAUGCUCCAUGCUUCAGAAGAGGAUUGAUGACUUACAAGUCACCUUACAGACCAUGAUAAAGGAUGCUGGUGAGUGGAGGAAGCACACUGAAGCUAACAGCAGCCUGAUGAAGAGGUUUGAAGAGUCCAGGAUAGAACUCGAGAAGGUUUUGAACAUAGCUCAGACAUUCUUGAAAGAAAAAGGAAAUCCAGAAGAACUGCUAAAGAAACAUACUGAAUUCUUCAGUCAGUUGGAUCAGAGGGUCCUGAAUGCAUUUCUGAAGGCCUGUGAUGAGCUGACUGAUAUUCUGCCUGAACAGGAACAGCAGAGCAUGCAAGAAACAGUCAGGAAACUGCACAAACAAUGGAAGGACAUCCAGACUGAAGCCCCUUACCACUUGCUGCAUCUGAAGAUUGAGGUUGAGGAGAACAGACUGCAGGGCACCCUGGAGGAGUGCAGAGCGGAACUGGCUCGAGAGAACAAGGCUCUCCCUGCUGUCUGCAGUGAACAGCUCAUCAGAGAGCACAGGGCUUUCUUUGGGGACAGGAGGCCACAGCAGCUUUGUGAGAAGAGGCUCCAACUGAUUGAUGAACUCUGUCAGAAUCUCCCGGAGAAGGACCCGGCCCGCAAGACUGUGGAGAGUUGCAAGAAAGCUUGGACAGAUGUGAAGUCCCAGAUUGACAGCACCAACCAGAAACUGCAACAGCAUCCAGACAAGUGGAAGGAGUUUAACACCAGAUUCUCUGAGCUCGCAGCCUGGCUUUCAACAAAGGAAAGUCAACUAAGGCUGUUGAAAAAUAGAGCCAAUGAUCCCAGCAAGUAUGGACAAGUCAAAUCUACAAUAGAGGAAGUGCGAGAAGAUGCUGAGAAAAAGGAGGGCAGCCUCAGUUGGCUCAAGUCCAGACUCUCCACGCUAAUAGAGGUUUCUUCUGAGAAUGAAGCAAAGACGCAGGAAGGAGCAUUGAUAAAGCUCUCCAGUGACUUCAAGGGAAUUCUAGCUUUACUUGCUGAGACUGAGAAGGUGGUGUCGACUGUGGGUGACUGUGUCCAGUUCAAAGAGGAAGUGAAGAGGACCCUGGAGGAGCUUGUUCAAGGACAGAAGGAAGCACAGGCCGAGGCUGACAAGAUCCUGGACUCAGAGAGCGUGCAAAAGGCUCAGCAACUGCUUCUGAUUCACCAGCAACAGUUGAAGAGACUGAGAGUGAGAAGUAGUGAUGUUCAGAAGCAGAUAGCACGUGGCCAGCAGUUGCAGGCUGAGGAAGGGCUGGCCAGUUCACUUCAACCCGAUUUACAAAAGCUGGAGAGCACUUUGACUAAAAUGGAGCAAAGCAUGGAGAUGCAGGAGAAAAGCCUUCAGAUGACCCUGUCCGACUGGCAGCAGUUUGACACUGAAAGGGAAGCAGUGGUGGAAUUUCUGAAGAGAGCUGGUUCUAAUCUGGAGCGGGACUUGACUUUUAGCAGUCUGGAAAGUCUUUCUGCUGAGCUGGAGCAAACCAAGGAACUGAUGCAGGCAAAUGAGACCCAGGCAGCUCAAGUAGAUGUCCUUGUUAAGAAAUCCACAGAAAUAAAACUGGGACCCAAGAACAAGACUUUACUCCAGCAGCAAGCAACAACCAUCAAAGAGCAAGUGAAUAAAGUUGAAAACAGUCUGAAGAACAAUAUUAAUCAAAUGGAAAUGGUGAACAACAAAUGGAAACAGUUUGGCAAUGACUUUGAAGCUCUUUCUUGUUGGAUUUCUGAAAAAGAGAAGGAGCUUGAUGGUGUGAAUUCUUCUUCAUUACCACUUGAACUUCAGAUCAGCAAAGUUAAGGCGCUCGGUAAAGAACUAGAAGAGAAGAUGAAGGCAAUCCAGUCCCUGGAGGAGGAGUCCCAGGCCUUGUGCCAGUUUGUUUCCUCUGGAGAAGCAGCUCGUAUCAAAGCCAGGCUGACGCAAAUCAGCCGACACUGGGACGAGCUGAAAGAACAUAGCCAACAUCUGGAGCGGGUGUUACAGGAGAACGCCUCUCACCAGCACAAAUUCCAGGACAAUCUCAAACAGGUUCAGCAGGCUUUGGCAAAUCUUGAAGAGAAGCUGGCUUGCCCUAUCAGCUCUUGUUCAUCAGUAACAGAGACGUACAAAGUGCUUCAAGAACACGUGGAUGUGACUCAGGCUGUGGAGCAGCUGAAGAGCCCCCUGGCAUCCCUCUUAGCCGGGGCUCGUAAAGUCAGCGACAGGGGACCAGCAGAGCAGGAGGUGGUGUUCCUACAGCAGCGCUAUGAGAAGGGGCUUCAGAAAGCCAAGGACAAGCAAACUGAACUAGAGAACAUGCUAGCCUUGUGGCAAAAAUAUGAAAAAGAAGAGUCUACCUUUGUGUCCUGGCUAGAGAGAAGUGAAACAGCAGCCAACUCACAGGCCCAGUACAUUUUGGCUGACCAAGCCAAACUGCAAAGUGAAGUGCAGAACUUACAGGAUUUGCAGACAGAGGUUUCUUCCCAUGAAUCAAUUUACAAGAGCCUGGUGAAGUUAGCAACAUGUCUUUUCCCAACUGCUUCAGAGAGCAAGGUGAAGGGAAUCACUCAGGACCUGGACCAGCUAGACAAGAGAUGGUGCUCUCUGAGUCAAGUUAUACCACAGAGAAUCUUGCUGCUCCAGUCACAUGUUAACCAGCUCCAGCAGUUUGAUGAGAGCCUGCUCCAGUGCUCUUACUGGAUCGAGCAGUUCCUCAGUGGCCUCCAGUCAACCUCUGAGGUGAACACAGCAGAUCUACAGCCUGCGUUCCGUGAAAUAAAGGAAAAGUCAGCCGCGAUCCAGAAACAAUCUGCUGAGAAGCAGAGCCUGCAGGACCAGGUGGGCAGACUGUGCUCUGCCUGCAACAUGGAUGACCACCAUCCCCUCCAGGUCAGGAAGGAGGACUGCUUCCAGCUCUUCAGGGAGGCAGAACAGGUCGUGGAGAGAAGGAAAGAGGUCCUGAAGGACCUGGAGGCUUUCUUGCAGACCCGCAAAGCUGCGAUAAACGUGCUUCACCGGCUGAAGCAGACUGUGGAGUCCGCCAGCAACUGGGACAAAGGGAAGUCAGAGUCCCUGCAGCAGGAUCUGAAGGAUAUCGUCCCUGACAUCCACAAGCUAGAAACGCUGUCUGUCAAUCUGGAUGGAGCUCUUAGCAAAGCUCAAUACCACAUUAGAGAGGACUGCACUGAACACAGGACCUCCUGCAGGGCGUUGGCAGAUCUCCUGAGUGCAGAACUGGAGAUGGUUCAGAACCUCCUUGGCACCAAACAAAGUGAGGCUGAGGCCAUUGGAGCCCUGUGGAACUCCUUCAAGGAACGCAAGGAGCAGCUGCUAAAGAGUAUUGAAGACAUUGAGGAAAAGGCUGACAAAGUAGAGCUGAAAGAACCCACCCUCCUAGCUCUACAGCAGAGGCUAAGAGUAUUCAACCAGCUGGAGGAUGAGUUUAAUUCCCAUCAGCACGAGAUGCAGUGGUUAAUGGAUAAAACCAAGCAGUUGGCCCAGAAGGACACUGAAUUAGCAGCUGAGGCUGACAAGGAGAUAGGUCUGCUGGAGGUGUCCUGGGAGGACACCAAGACACUCAUCGGUGAAUAUCAGGAGCAGUGCUGUAUGCUUGUGGAUCUCAUGAGGGAAUACCAGAGCAAAAAAUCUAACAUUAUCAAAAUCAUAGAAAGUGCAGAAAAUGUUGCUGAAAUCAAAUCUACACUAAAGGACCAAGAAGACAUCAGACGUACAUUAUCAAGGCAUGAAGUGGUGAAGAACGAAAUGGGUGGAGGGCAAGAGGAACUGGACGACUUCACGAGCAAAGCAAAACAGCUUCUGAAUGACCUGAAGAAGAUCAGUGGCUGUGAUCCCAUGAUAGUGAGAAAGGACAUGGAUGCUGUUGUGGAUCAUUGGCUUGAUGUGUCUGAAAGAAUCGAUGACAACAUUGAACGUCUCAGUGUCAGCUUGGCAUUGUGGGAAGAUGUCCUGAAUAUUAGCGAUGAAAUAGACGUGUGGUAUAACAGUUCGAUCUCAGAGCUCAGUGAAAAUUUAAGCAACCUCAGUAACAGUCAGAGAAUGGAGUCACGACUUUUAGAAUUUCAGUCCGAGGUGGAGAGUAAAGAACAAAAAGUGAAGACGCUGAAUGUAAAGGUAUCAGAGCUGAAGCAAAUAACAAAGAGCCAGGAGCCUUCCACAGAGCUGCAGGUAAUUGAAGCCGAUCUAAGAAAGAAAAUUGGCCAUGCCCAGGAGAUGUCUGAAGUAGCCAGAGGGACCCUGAGGGAUUUCAGUUCCCAGAAGCAGCAGCUGGAGAGCUUUAUUUGUCAGAUGACUGCUUGGCUGAGUAAUGUGGAGCACUCUCUCUCCUCCUCUCCACAUAGCACGGACCCGGAGCAUCUCUGGAAAGUCAAGGAUAUACAGAAGGAACUUCAGAAGCAACAGAGCAGCAUUGACUCAACCCGGGAGAACCUCAACAGUCUGUGCAGGAAGUACCCUUCCAAUGAGCUGGAGAAGUUGGGCUGCACGGUCUCUGAAUUAAUUAAGAAGUACGAAGCUGUGAACCAGCUGGCUUCCAAAACUCUGAGCACCCUCCACAACAAUCUCGAACAACACUUCAAUGAUUUGGUCCAGAAGUUUCAUGACUGGCUCUCGGACAUUAAGGAUACAGUGAGGGAAUGCUCUGACAGGUCUGGCGACUUGAGUAUCAUGGAAGAAAAACUGCAGAAACUAAAGGAAGCCCUGAGCUGUGUGGAUGAAGGAGAGGAAAGGCUGACUCUUGUAUGCGAGGAUGGAGAGAAGCUGCUAAUGCAUUUACCCAAGCCCAACGCGGGUCUCAUCCAGCAGCAGCUGUCCUCUAGCCAGCAGGAGUGGGACAGCUUUGUGGAGCAGUGCAGACAGAACCAGCAGGCCCAAGAGGAGAGUAUUGCAGAGCUCACUGGUUUCCACAGCCAGCUAAAAAAAUUGAGCUCCUGGGUUCGGCAGAUGGAAGAGAGGCUGAACACAGAGCUACUGGGAGAGACUAAGCAGCACAUUCCUGAGAAGAAGGCCACAGUGGAGAGGGUGGAGGAGUUUCUUGAAGAGCUGAUCAGAGAAAGGGAUUCGUUCGAGCGGCUGUGCCAGAAGUCUCAAGGCCUUAGUGAGUCUGGCUGCGGGGAUGGGAGGGAGGUGCGUACCACUUCCCAGCUGCAGUCGAGCUACCAAAGCCUGGUGAAGGCGGUAAAAGAGAGGCUGCGGGUCUGUCAGAUGGCCUUGCAGGAACACCAGGCCUUUGAGGAGACCCAGCAGAGCACCUGGGCCUGGCUCAAAGGGAUGCAGGACAGGCUGGCUGUCAUCGAUAGCAUCACCGGCAACAAAGAAUCCCUGGAGAAGAGGCUUGUGCAUGUGCAGGAAAUCCUGUUGAUGAAAGGUGAAGGCGAAGUGAAACUAAACAUGGCCAUUGGUAAAGGGGAACAAACCAUGAAAAGCAGCAAUGAAGAGGGGCAGAAAGUGAUCCUCUCCCAGCUGCAGACUCUAAAGGAUGUGUGGGCCAGCGUAAUUAUGGCCUCUAUGAGCUGCCACAGCCGACUGGAGUGGACAGUAGCUCUGUGGAACAGCUACCUGGAGAGUGAGAACCAACUGCAGCAGUGGCUGGAUUCUGUGGAGCAGGAGGUGGGGGCCCCAAUGCAGCAGCAGCCUGGGCUGAAGGAGAAAGCCUGCCUGCUGGACCGGAAUCGAGCUCUACUGGCUGAUGUGGAGAACCACUCAACGGCCUUCAGUCGCCUAGCAGACAAGGCGGGAGAGCUGCUGGAGAAAACGGGAGACUCCUCCUUCAGGGAGGAUACGCAGGCUGAAAUGAGGGCACAGUUCGGGGACAUCACAGCAGUGGUUAAGGGGAAAGUGAAAACCUUGGAGGAUAUAGUAGAUAGCCAUCGCUUUUAUCACGAAGCAGUCCGUGAGUUCACAGACUGGCUGCAUUCAGCAAAGGAAGAACUUCAGCGCUGGUCAGACAUGUCUGGAGAUUCCACAUCUGUACAAAGAAAACUGACCAGGAUUCAGGAACUGAUUGAUUCCAGACAGAAUGGUAGACAGCGUCUAAACAGAGUGAAGGAGUUUGCUGCAGUGGUGAAGGAGCAGACGGCAGACAUCGGCUGUGAGCUGAUAGACAAGGAGGUGGAGGCCCUGCAGUCUGACUGGGAGCAGUGGGAGAGGAGCACCAUGCAGACUCAGGGCAACCUGGAGAGCACACUCAGUCAGAUGGCCAGCUCAGAGCAGGAGUUCACAGCCCAGGCCAGCCAGCUGGAGCAGGGCUUGCAAGAGUUCAGCAGCCACCUCAAGGAGUGGAGCCAGAAACUGAGCCAAGUGGAGGAGUGCAAAAACACCAAUGAGGAAGUGGUAGAGGGAUGGAAGACAGCGAAGGACACGUUGGAUGCUCUGAUGAAGGCAGAACAUAUGUCAGACAGCCUGAAGACUCGACUAAAUGAUCUUUGUCGCUUCUCAAGAGAUCUCAGUUCUCAUUCAGAGAAAGUGUCUGCGUUAAUUAAGGAAUACAACAGUCUCUGUCUUCAAGCAUCUAAAGAGUGUCAGAACAAAGAGAAGCUCCUGGAGCAGAGAUUCCGAUCAUCUCUCAGAGAGUUUCAGCAGUGGCUUGUCAGCGCCAAAAUCACCACCGCCAAGAGCUUUGACGUCCCUCAGAACUUUAAUGAGGCAUCUUCCAGCUUACUGAAAAUACAGGAAUUCCUGUCUGACAGAGAGCAAGGACAAAGUAAAGUGAAUGCUGUUUUCUUCAAUGGAGAACUGCUGAGCAGUAUUUUACCCAAAGUUGAGACAAUUCAAGCCAAAGUAACCAGUGCCAGGGAAGACUGGAAGAACCUUUUAUCAAAUCUGCAUCAAAGGGAGGCAGCUUUACAGAAUCUGCUGUCCCAGAUGAAGGACUUUGAAACAAGUGCAGAGCCUCUCCAGGAGUGGCUGAACAGCACAGAGACAGCAGUGCAGGAGAGCAGUGCCCGGCUCCACAACCUCCAAGCCAAGAAACAGGAACAGCACAAGCUGCAGUCUGUCCUUGAGGAAAUAGCCUGUCAGGAAUUUCAGCUGAACAGGCUGAAAGAAAAGGCUCACCAGCUCUGGGAAGGACAAGCGGCCGGCAAAAGCUUUAUGCACCGAGUGUCUCAGUUGUCUGCACAGUAUCUAGCUUUAAGCAACCUGACAAAGGAAAAGGCUUCUAGAAUUGAGCGGAUUGUGUCCGAGCACCAGCUCUUCUCCCAGGGCCUGAAGGAGCUGCAGGACUGGGUUGCAGAUGCCGAUCACAUGCUGGCGUCGUAUUGUAGCCCCACUGCUGAUAAAAAUGUUCUGGACAGCAGGAUGUCAAAACUGGAGGCCCUGCUUGCUGCAAGACAGGAGAAAGAGAUCCAGAUGAAGAUGUUAUUAACCCGUGGAGAAUCAGUCCAGAGAAACACCUCACCGGAAGGGGUCCCAGUUCUCCGGAAACAGAUUCAGGAUCUCAAAGACUCGUGGGACUCCCUUCUGUCUGCCUCUAUUCAAUGCAAGAGCCAGCUUGAAGGGGCACUGUCCCAGUGGACGAGUUACCAGGACGAUGUUCGACAAUUUGUCAGCUGGAUGGACCGUGUGGACGAGAACCUGAGCAGCUCAGAGAAGCAGUACUCAGAGAUGAGAGACAAGACUGCUAAUCUGGGCAAAGCCAAGUUACUGCAUGAAGAAGUGUUGAGUCAUAACAGUUUGUUGGAAACCAUUGCCAUGAAAGGCUCCAGUAUGGCUGAACACUACGAAACCCAGCUGGAGAUUCAGGACCUUCAGGAGCGAUACAGCGCUGUCAAAGACAAGGCUAAGGGAUCAAUGGUUAAAGCUGAGGAGCUGGUCCUAGCACACCAGGAAUACCAGCGAGGUCUUCACAUGUUUGAGGACUGGCUGGAGCAGGAGCAGGAAAAACUGGGAUGCUACUCCCAGAUGGAGGGAGAUAUGGAGACAUUAGAAAAUACCCUGCUGGAACUACAGGACCUCCAGGUGCGUUGCACUGAGGGGCAGGCUUUGUUGGACACAGUGCUAGGCAGUCGGGAGCAGGUGAUCCCCUGGGGAGUCCCUCAGAUAGAGGACCGCGCCCUGGAGACGGUGGAGCAGGACUGGCUGGUGUAUCAGGCAAGGCUGGCAGAGAGCAGGGUCCAGCUCAAUGGCACCCUCACCAAGCUGCGGCAGAUGGAGCAGAAGUUCCAGCACCUGGAUGCAUGGCUCAGGAACAUGGAGAGCAAGGGGAACAUUCGCACAGACAGGCGCUCCGAUAGAGACACCAAGGAAGCUCAGCUGCAGAUGAUGAAGAGCUGGCAUGAAGAGACGCUGGUGUAUAAAGAUGAAGUGGAAGGUGUCAGUGCCCUGGCCCAGCAGGUCCUGGAAGAGACCCACAUCAGCAGCAGGGUUAGCAGCCGUGCCACACAGCUCACUGCGAGAUACCAGGCUCUCCUGCUUCAUCUAUUGGAGACAAUGAAGCAGCUUGAAGAAGAAAUUAGAAGUAUCGAGGAGGCAAGGACUGUCUUCAGCUCCUACACUGACUGGCUCAGUGCAGCUCAGAAGAACUUCAAAAACAUAGCAGUUAGCAUCAACGUGGUCGACAGAGUUGCCAUGGAGAACAAGAUGAAGAAACUGGAGUUGUUACAAAGUGAUAUUGAGGUGGGUCACAGAUUCCUGAAAGCCACCAGGGAGAAGACUGAGAAAGCCAUGGCCUACAUGGAGGAAGCAGAAGCUGAGCAACUGAGGCAAGAAGUAGACACCCAGCUUUCCCAGCUCGAUGAGCUGAUAGGAGCCACCCGGGUAGAGUACAGCACGCUGGAGAAGAGCAUGUACCUGUCCAAAGAGUUCCUGGACAAGUACAAGGGCCAGGCACAGUGGCUGAUGGAAACCCAGACCCUACUGCACACUCCCGUGGAGCCCAAAGUGGAGCUCUAUGAGAAGAAAGCUCAGUUAGCAAAAUACAAGACUAUCCAGCAGACAGUCCUGUCCCAUGAGUCUUCAGUAAAGUCAGUGAUUGAGAAGGGACAGGCCCUGCUUGACACCAUCCGGGACCCCUCUGUCAGCAACAACAUGAAUAAACUUCAGGCCGAAUAUCACAAGCUCUGCAAUAUUGCUGUGACACAUGUACAGAACCUGGUGACAAGAGUGAAGGAACACGAGGCUUACAAUAGCGACCUGCAGGAGGUGGAAAGGUGGCUGCUGCAGAUGUCGAGUCGCCUGGUCACCUCCGACUCCAUGCAGAGCAGCAAUCUGGAGAUGGCCACACAGCAGCUGGCCAGGCACAAGGCAAUAAUGGAGGAGAUUGCUGGUUUUGAGGAGCACUUGACAAGCCUGAAGAGUUCAGGAGACUAUCUUAUCAGCAGCUAUACAGAACAUCUUCAAGAGAAAAUCAAACAGCAGAUACAAGCCCAUCAGCAGGGGACUAGAGACAGCUAUUCUGCCAUCUGUAGCACAGCCCAGCGGGUAUACCAGGGCCUAGAUCGAGAGCUUCAGAAGCAUGUCAGCCAUCAGGAUACAUUACAGCAGUGCCAAACCUGGCUUUCAACUGUCCAGCAGGAGCUACAGCUGCAUACACACCCCCCCUUGAGUCUGCAAGAGGUGUUGAAAGAGGUGAAACACUACAGAGCACUACAGGAACAAGCCAGUACUUACCUAGAUCUCGUCUGCUCAAUGUGUGACCUUUCAGAUGAAUCUGUGAGAAGGACUGCAGCAGAAAUCCAGCAGAUAAAACAGAUGAUAGAAGAAAUGAUGUCUCAAACUCAAGAGAUGGCCAAAGGAUGGGAAGAAGUCAAACAGGAGAAAGCAGAGCUUACAACUCACUUCCAGGAGAUGGAGCUUCAGCUGCAGAACCUCAACAGGAGACCAGCAGAGCUAGAGCCCAAGAUAGCACACAAUAUGCUCUUACAAGUGCAGGAGUUCAGUCAGCAGCUCCAGGCGAAGCAGGUGAUCAUCACAAGGAUGACAGAGAGAGUGAACAGUCUGACGGAGGGAAAGAAGUCCCCGGAGCAUGCAGAGAUCGGCUGCCUGAGUAACCAGUGGCUGGAGCUCUGCCACCAGUUGAACAAGCUGGUAUCGCAGAGGGAGGGAGACUUGCAGAGAACCAGAGACUACCACGACUGUGUUAGUGCCAUAGAGGUGCUCUUUGACAAGGUGUCUAAAGAAUGGGACAACCUGGCCAGAACUGACACAGAGAGCACAGCUGAACAUCUAGAGGCCCUAAAGAAACUAGCAGCAGCACUAGAGGAUCAAAGGUCCACCCUUGAUGAUCUGAAAGACCAUAGACAGAAAGUGAUAGACCGCCUGAACUUGGAUGAUAAAGAGCUGGUGAAGGAGCAAACUAGUCACUUUGAGCAGCGCUGGGCCCACUUGGAGAACCUGAUCGUGAAGAAGAUCCAGGACUCUGUGACUACCCUGGAGGAUAUGUGCCAAGUAGAGACCAGACUGAAGGAGGCUCGAGAAUGGGCGGAGGAGCAACAACCUGCCUUAUCUGAGGCCAUGAAGAUGAGUCCCCAUCCAGAACUAGCUCAGAGUUUCCUAUUUGAUCAUCUUAGUAUUUGUAGUGAACUGGAUUCCAAGCAACUACUCCUGGGGGCAGCAAUUGCAGAUGCAGACAGAGUUAUGGCAAACCUUGGCUUGAAUGAACGACAACGACUGCAAAAGUUAAUCUCAGCUGUACAAAGCGAAGUUGUGUCUCUUAGUGACAUAGUUGGCCAACGGAGGAAGUAUCUCAGCAAAGCUUUCUCUGAAAAAACACAGUUCUUGCUGGCCACACAUCAGGCUAUCAUCUGCAUUCAGCAGAACGAGAGGAAGGCCAUAUCCGAAGAGCACAUUGCCCUUUUGCCGGAGGAUUUGAACAAACAGAUUAGGAUUUGCAAGAACGUUCAAAGCAACCUGAAAGCAUAUCAAAGUGAGCUUACUUCACUGUGGUCUCAAGGAAGGGAACUGAUGAAAGAGACAACAGAAGAUGAGAAGGUGGACAUUUUGAGUAAACUGCAGGAGCUACAAAACAUUUAUGAGAUGUCUUUACAGAGAUGCACACAGAGGCUGCAGGAGCUGGAAAAGGUGCUGGUCUCCAGGAAGUACUUUAAAAUGGAUUUGGAUAAAACUUGCCAGUGGUUGAAACAAGUAGAUAUUGUCACAUUCCCUGAAAUUAACCUCAUGAGUGGAGACUCAGAGCUGUAUUCCCAGCUUGCCAAGUACCAACAGAUAUUAGAGCAGGCAAUGGAAUAUGAGAAUCUUCUACUCAUUGUGCAGCGAACUGGUCAAGAGAUACUUCCCUCUCUCAGUGAAGUGGAUCACUCUUACUUGGAUGAAAAACUGAACGCUCUGCCUCAACAAUACAACAGUAUUUUAGCUUUAGCUAAAGAAAAAAGGGAGAAAAUUCAACAGGCAAUUCUCGGGCGGAAAGAGUAUGCCUCCUUUAUAGAAUUAACAAAAAAGGCUUUGUCAGAACUGGAAGAGCAGUUUCACCACAUGGCCAAAAAUCCUGUUAGCCUUGAGUCAAAAGAUAUUGUGAAACUACAGAGUGAUUAUAAAUCUCUUCUUGCUGAAGUGACCAACCUAGGGCCGGCUGUCAAUGAACUAAAUCAGAAGAAGGAGGGUUUCCGCAGUACAGGUCAGCCCUGGCUACCAGAAGAAAUGGUUCAGCUUGUGAGCCUUUAUAAUGGACUGAAGAGGCGUAUUGAGCAAAGAGUGAGUGGUUUGGACGACACUGUAGAAUCUCUCCAAAACCAUGAAACCAUGACUUUGAAAUUGGAAACUCAGCUGAAGACCAUCAAGGAAGAGCUAAUCAAAAUAAAUGAGGAGACUCUAUCUGCUGAAGAAAAGCUCAAAAACUACCAUGCUCUGGCAGGCAGUGUUCAAGACACCAGUUCUUUACUGAAGAGUAUUGUGGAGCAACUUGAGCUUCUGUCCCCUCAGCUUGACCAAGCAGCUUAUCAGUCCACCAGCCAGAAGAUAACCUCAAGGCAGGAAGAGCUGAAGUCCCUGCAGACCAUAGCAGGGGAGAGGAUGGUAGAAUGUGAGAGCCGGUUUAUCCAGAGCAAAGACUUCCAGACUGAGAUCUGCAGAACUCUGGAGUGUUUGCAGGAGAUCAGGGAUGAGCUAAGUGCUCCGCUGUGUUUGGAUGUCAAAGUCCAGAGGAUUCAAGAAGACAUCAGGAAACUCCAGAUCCUGCAGGAGGAGGUGCAAUCAAGGCUUCGGAUUAUGGCUGCCUUGAGCUCCAAGGAAAAGCAGAAAUAUGCCAAAGCCAAGGAGCUUGUUCCCAGCGGUGUGGAAACCACACUUGAGGAGCUUUCAAAGCUGGAAACAGAUGUUCAAAAAGCCUUGACUAACAAGCAGACUACAUUGGAGCAGAUUCUUGUGUUGUGCCAGAGGUACCAUUCAACAGUACAGUCUGCCAAUGAUUGGCUGGAGGAUGCUGAUGCUUUGCUGCAGCAGGCUAGCAAUGGGCUUGACGUGGAGAACUCUGAGGAGUCCCUCAAGCAUCACAGCGAAUUCUUCAGCACGGAGGCUCAGUUUCACGGUCAUUUGCAAGGACUUGAGGCUUUGUUACCUCAACUGGAACCCUUCAUGAGUGCAACAGUGAAUGACCAGCUUGGACAGACUGUCGCAUCCUUACAGCACAGAGGAAUAGGGGUCAUUCAGCAAGCACACAGCCAGAAGGAACUUCUGCAGAGAUGUGUUUCACAGUGGAAUGCCUACCAGACAGCCAGACAGCAGGUUAUUGAUCUAAUGAAUGAGGUGGAGAAAAAGUUAACUGAAUUUUCAACAGCCAAGGCAGCUACAAGUCAAGAAGCUGAAGAAAAACUGAAAAACCAUAAGUCUCUGGUUUCCAUGGUGAAUGCCUUCCAUGAAAAGAUUACUGGACUGGAGGAACAGGCAUCCCAGCUAGAAGAGAUAGGCAAUGAUGCCAGCAAAGCCAUCAUCAGCAGGUCAAUGACCACCGUAUGGCAGCGCUGGACCCGUCUACGCAGUGUUGCACGAGGUCAGGAGAAAGUUCUGGAAGAUACAGAUCAGGAAUGGAAAAGUUUCAGGAAUAAGAUGGACAAGGCGAUGGUAACUGUCGAGCAGCUGCAGGAAAGGCUCCCAGACUGCUCGGUUGAGAAGGCCUCGAAGGCAGGGUUAUUGGAGCUGUUGGAAUACCAUGACUCCUUCAGCAGUGAGGUGGAGCGAGAGUACUCAGCACUGGCUCUGCUCCGACAGUACGCCCUCAACAUUCUCAGAGACAUUGAGAUCCCAUCGCCUUCCCAGGAGGAGCUGCCCAGCAUGCAGGAAAUUAAGGCAAUGCAGGAUCGAUAUGAAAACAUUCUGCAGAAGGUAAGGAAGAGCAAUAAGCUGGUUCAGCAGGAGCUGAAAGAACGUGAAGAUGUGGAAAAGGAGCUAAAUACAGUGAAGACAUGGAUCCAGGACACACGGGAGUAUCUUCUGAACCCCACAGUAGAUCUGGAUGCUCAACUAGAAGAACUAGAGAUCAAGCUCAGGGAAGCGAUCUCCCACCAUCAGACUGUUGAGAAGGUUGCAGAUCAGCAGCAGAACAAGUACCUGGAUCUGUACACCAUCCUGCCUUCAGAGAUCUCUGUGCAGCUGGCUGAGGUGACUCUGGCCUUGGGGGCCAUUGAGGAUCAGGUCCAAACAAGGGAAAGAGAAAUCCAACAAACCAGAGCUGUAAACGAGGACUUCAGUUCAAGAAUCCAAGACAUUUCAGAGACAAUGAAGACAAUUUCAUUGAAACUCAAGGAAAAAACAACAGAUAUUAUGCAGGCUAAAGAGGAAAUAAAGGGUCUGUGUGAGGAACUUGAGAGCUGUGGUAUUAAACUGGUUGAACUGGAUGCUUCAGUGCAAGAUUUUUCAGAACAAAACCCACAGCUGUCCAAACUCGUGAGUGAUGCCAUUGGGAAGCUAUCUGAGAUUCACCGUCAUACCCGCAGGCUGGCAGAAUACAGAACAGCAAAACUCAAAAAGGCUGCUACACAUUUAGAAGACUUCAACGAAAUGCAUGAAUUCAUCAUGACGUGGUCAGAAAAAGCUAAGGCCCUUGUGGAAAGCCACAUAGUCUGGAGUUCAGCUUCCCAGCUUCACGAUCAGCUGAGGACUUACCAGGCUGUUCUGCAGGAGUCUGGAGAGAUCCACAGCGACCUGGAGGCCAUGAGUGAGAAGAUUGAGUACCUCUCUGAGGUGUAUCAUACACAGGGGAUGUCUCAGCAGGUGUCUGAGCUCAGCAGGCAGACAGAGGAGCUGCAGCAGCAGCUCAGGUCUCGCUUUCAGAGCCUGCAGGAUGCUGCUAAGGACAUGGAGAGAUUUGAAUCUGAAGUAAAGGCACUGCAUGCUGCUCUGGAGCAAGCCCAGGCUACCCUGACCUCACCUGAACUGGCACGUCUGAGCCUCAGGGAGCAACUAUCUCACAGACAGAGUUUGCUUACUGAAAUGGAGACAUUUAAGCAGAAAGUUCAGGCUGUGCAGGGAUGCCAGAGUGCCCUGCGAAUCCCUGAAGAGGUGGUUACUAACCUUGCAAUCUGUCACACUGCCUUGAGACUGCAGGAGGAGGCCAGUCGACUGCAGCACACCACUAUCCAGCAGUGCAACAUACUGCAGGAGGCGUUGGUGCAGUAUGACCAAUAUGAGCAGGAGGUGAAGCAUUUGCAGCGGCUGAUUGAAGAAGCUCACCGGGUCAUCCAGGACAGACCCGUUUCAACCAGUAACAUCAAGGAGCUGCAGGCUCAGAUCUCACACCAUGAGGCACUGGCCCAGAAGAUUAAAGGUUACCAGGAGCAGAUUGCCUCACUGAACUCCAAGUGCAAGAUGCUGACAAUGAAAGCAAAACAUGCCACUAUGCUGCUGACUGUAACAGAGGUGGAAGGGCUCUCAGAAGGGCUGGACGAGUUUGAUGCCGAGCUCCUUCCCACACAUUCUCCUGCUCAUCCCUCUGUGGUGAUGAUGACCGCUGGUCGCUGUCACACUCUUCUCUCACCUGUCACUGAGGAGUCUGGGGAGGAGGGGACCAACAGUGAGAUUUCCUCCCCACCUACCUGUCGUUCCCCCUCACCUGUGCCUAACACUGACGCUUCUGUUAACCAGGACAUUGCUUAUUACCAAGCCUUAUCUGCCGAACAGUUGCAGACAGCAGCUGCUGAGAUUCAGCCCAGCACAUCACCAGCUCAGGAACUCUGUGAGUCUGGACUGGAGUCCGCUGCUGUCGCCAAACUUGACGACCUACAGCGCUCUUGGGAGACGCUGAAGAAUGUGAUCAGUGAAAAACAGAGAACUUUGUAUGAAGCCCUCGAACGCCAGCAGAAGUUUCAGGACUCACUUCAGUCGAUAUCCGCAAAGAUGGAGUCUAUCGAAACCAAACUGAAUGGAGCUUUGGAAGCCAACAGGACUCCUGAGAGCCAGAUGGCAGCACACCAGGCCCUGAUGGACGAGAUCCUGAUGCUGCAGGAUGAGAUCAAUGAGCUGCAGACUUCCUUUGCAGAGGAGCUGGUGUCUGACACCCUGGACACUGACACUGCCGACCAGCUGGCCAUGCAGUCCACGCUGAUAGUCCUGGCAGAGAGGAUGGCCACCAUCAGAAUGAAGGCCUCUGGGAAACGACAGCUUCUUGAGGAGAAGCUGAAUGACCAGCUGGAAGAGCAGCGUCAGGAGCAGGCCCUGCAGAGGUACCACAGCGAGGCUGACGAGCUCGACCACUGGCUCCUCAGCACCAAGGCCACCCUGAAGACAGCGCUGCAGCCCGCCGAGGAGCACAUGCACAUGGAGGAGCAGCUCAACGACUGCCAGAACAUGCUGCUGGAGAUUGAGCUGAAGGUGGUGUCCCUUUCGGAGCUCUCAGUGCACAGUGAGACCCUGCUGAUGGAGGGGAAGGUGCACACCCGGGAGGAGGCUGAGCAGCUCACACACAAGCUGCGCACACUCAAGGGCAGCCUGUUGGAACUCCAGAGAAUGUUGCAGAAUAAGCAGAUCAACAUCCAAGCGACACUUGCAUGGGAAGAGCUGAAAGCACCUCAGAGACAGCAUCAGGGCACUCUGCAGGAGAAGGAGGACGGCGAGCCGGGCUCUGCCAUCUGUCCCAGCCCCAGCAUCCAGGAGUGGCUGGCCCAGGCUAGGACAACAAGGUCUCAACAGCAUCAGGACAGCUUGCAGAGACGGAGGGAGCUGGAGGAGCAGCUAGCGGAGCAGAAAAAGCUUCUGCAGUCAGUAGCAAGCCGUGGAGAAGAGCUUCUAACCCAACAGACUGCUACGAAGAGUUUGAGUGAAAAUCCUGCUUCAGUCCCGCGGGAGUUAGAUUUGGAAGGACAGAAGCUAGCAGCACAGGAGCAGAUGAGACAAAAAUGGGAAAGUCUAAACAAAGAGUUCAUCACCAAGCAGCAGCUUCUACAGAACACACUCCAACAAGAUCACAGUCAACCGGUCUAUAGCAGAGCCAUCAGAGUCUCUUCCACAGCACCUCUGUUCAAAGGAGAACUUCCACUGCAGGAUAAGUCAUCCGUUAGGACUUUAUUUAGCAGUUUCAAGCAGGCCUUUGAAGACGUCUCCUCUCAGGCUGGAGGUAUGGAGAAGCAAGGCCUUGACUUGGAGCAGAGACUGUAUAGCGCUGUCUGUGCCUCGUCCAGCUGGCUGGAUGGGGUUGAAAACAGCCUGUUUGCUGGCCCCGCGCUCCUUGCUGAAGAUGCAGAAACCCAACUCUGUAACCAAGAAGUUCUUGGUGAGGAUAUUAGAGAAGUGACAGAAGAUGUGGACAAGAACAGGGACCUAUUUCUGCAAGCGGCUCAGCAGUGCAGGGAGAACCAGGAUGUGAUUGAUGAGACCCUGUGCUGUCUGCAGGAGCGGCUUGGUGCCCUUGACUCAGUGGUGAACCAGCGCUGUGAGCACAUGAAGACCAGGCUCCAGGAACUCACACAGUUUCAGGCUGAACUGAAGAUGCUGUUUACUGCCCUGGCUGACAGUAAAUACCUAAUUCUCCACAAACUGGCUGAGGCAAUGGAGCGACCUGCUGCAAAGCAAAUGGAGGCAAUUCUAGAGUCAGAAGAGAGCCUGAAAGAAUUUGAACAAAAAAUCAACGAGUUGAAAACCCACGGACAAGAGCUGCAACCAGACCAGCCUGCCAUUCAAGAACUCCUGAAACUUCAGGACACCUAUGAGGAGCUGGUGUUGACAGUUGGCUCACGCCGCAGUGGGCUGAACCAAAGCUUGGCUCUGAAAGGCCAGUAUGAGCGAGCCCUGCAGGACCUGGCCGACCUGGUAGACACCGCACAGGACAAGACAGCUGCCGACCAAAAAACAAUAGCAAGCUCCAAAGAGGAAGUGCAGAACCUUCUGGACAAGCACAAGGAAUUUUUCCAGGGGUUGGAAUCCCACAUGAUCCUGACCGAAACAUUCUUCCGAAAAAUCUGCAGUUUUGCAUUACCAAGAGAGUGUCAGUCUCACGAUGAGAUAAUGGCACAGGCAGCAACAGUGCUGAAGCAGGCCCACAAAAGAGGUGUGGAGCUGGAGUACAUUCUCGAGACAUGGACCAAUCUGGAAGAAGACUAUCAAUCCCUGUACAGACAACUGGAGGCAGUAGAGAGCAGCAUCCCCAGUGUGGGGCUGGUGGAAGAGACUGAGGAAAGGCUCACAGAAAGAAUUGCACUUUAUCAGCGACUGAAGGCGAGCUUGACAGAACGCCAGCACCAGCUGUACCAGGUGCUGGAUGACGGGAAGAGGCUCCUGAUAUCUGUCUGCUGUUCAGAUCUGGAAAACCAGCUCACUCAACUGGGAGAGCACUGGCUCAACACCACCACCAGAGUCAACAAGGAGCUCCAAAGGCUGGACACCAUACUGGAACACUGGACAAGGUACCAAAAUGAAUCUGCUGAGCUGGGUCAGUGGCUCCAAACUGCACUUGAUCGCCUGGAGUUCUGGUCCACACAGUCAGUGACUGUUCUACAAGAGCUGGAGACCGUCAGUGACCAUCUCAAUGCAUUCCUGGAAUUCUCUAAAGAAGUGGAUGCCAAGUCCUCUCUGAAGUCUUCCGUGGUGAGCAUAGGGAACCAGCUGCUGCAUCUGAAGAAGGUGGACACGGCAGGGCUGCGCUCAGGACUGGCUCAGACUGACAAUCAGUGGGUUGAACUGCUCACACGCAUCCCGGUGGUGCAGGAGAAACUACACCAGCUCCAAAUGGAGAAGCUGCCUUCUCGCCACGCUAUCACAGAACUGAUGAGUUGGAUCACACUGAUGGAAAAUAUCAUUGAAGAAGAUGAAGAGAGGAUCAAAGGUGUAGUUGGAUCACAGGGCAUACAAGAAUACCUGCAAAAAUAUAAGGGUUUUAAGAUUGAUGUGAACUGUAAACAGCUGACUGUGGAUUUUGUGAACCAGUCAGUCCUUCAGAUCAGCAGCCAGGAUGUGGAAAGCAAGCGCAGUGAUAAGACAGAUUUUGCAGAAAGGCUUGGCGCAAUGAACAGGCGAUGGCAGAUCUUACAGAGCCUCAUAACUGAGAAGAUCCAGCUGCUAGAUGGCUUACUAGGCUCUUGGCUGGAUUACGAGAGCAGUGUGCAGAGCUUAAAGACCUGGUUUAGUGCCCAGCAAGAAAGGCUGAAGAAGCAAUAUAGGAUUGAAGAUCGGGCUUCUGUUCAGAAUGCCUUGAAAGAUUGCCAGGAACUGGAGGACGUGAUUAAUGUGAAGGAAAGGGACAUUGAGAAAGUGGAGGAGCGUGGAUGCUCUCUGAUACAGAAUAAGAAAGAUGAAGCAUGUGCCGUGGUCAUGGAGACACUCCAGGGACUCAACCACAGCUGGGCUAACCUGGACCACCUGAUUGGGCAGCUGAAGACUAGUCUGAAGUCAGUGCUGGAUCAGUGGAACGUGUACAAGAAGGCCUCAGAGGAGAUCAAUGGGUACCUGAUGGAAGGGAGGUACUCCCUGUCUCGCUUCCGCCUGCUGACUGGCUCUCUAGAGGCAGUCAAAGUGCAGGUGGACAACCUUCAGAAUCUUCAGGAUGAACUGGAAAAGCAGGAAAGCAGCCUAAGGAAGUUUGGCGCAGUGACCCACCAGCUGCUGAAGGACUGUCACCCGUCUGUUUCAGACACUCUCAACAGUGCAUUGAAGGAUGUGAACAUGAGAUGGAACUGUCUGCUUGAGGAGAUAGUGGAGCAACUUCACUCUAGCAAGGCCCUGCUUCAUCUCUGGCAGAGAUACAAGGAGUAUUACAGCCAGUGCUCCUCUGCGGUGCUGCGUCAAGAGGAACACACAAACGAGCUGCUGAAAACAGCCACCAGCAAGGACAUCGCAGACAACGAGGUCUCCGCCUGGAUUCAGGACUGCAGUGACUUGCUGAGGGCCCAGAAGGCAGUGCAGGACUCCCUGUUUGUGCUUCAUGAGCUUGGGGAGCAGCUCCACCAGCAGGUCGACUCCUCAGCAGUGGCAGCCAUUCAGUCAGACCGCAUCUCCAUGAGCCAGCGCCUGAAAGUGCUGGAGCAGGCUCUCACCAGACAGCAGGGAAUACUACAGGCUGGAGUUCAGGACUAUGAGACCUUCAGCAGGCAGCUGGAAUACCUGGAGGGGUGGAUUGUGGAGGCAGAGGAUGUUCUGAAAGGGCAGGACCCCAACCGCUCAUCUGAUCUCUCCAUCAUUCAGAACAGGAUGGAGGAACUGAAGAGGCAGAUGCUGAUGUUUAGCAGCAUGGCCCCUGACCUGGAGCAUUUGAACGAACUUGGAUACAGGUUACCUCUGAACGACAAGGAGAUCAAAGGCAUGCAAACCCUCAACAGGAACUGGUCUGCGAUCUCUUCCCAGACCACUGAGCGAUUCAGCAAGCUCCAAGCAUUCCUGCUACAGCACCAGACAUUCCUGGAGAAGUGUGAGACGUGGAUGGAGUUCCUGGUGCAGACGGAAGAGAAACUUGCAGUGGAGAUUUCGGGCAACUACCAGAGCCUGCUGGAGCAGCAGAGAGCACAUGAGUUGUUCCAGGCCGAGAUGUUUAGUCGGCAACAGAUCCUGCACUCUAUCAUCACUGACGGACAGCACCUCCUGGAACAGGGGCAAGUGGAUGACAGGGACGAGUUUAACCUGAAGCUGGCCCUGCUGAGUAACCAGUGGCAAGGUGUGAUCCGCCGGGCACAGCAGAGGAGGGGGAUCAUCGACAGCCUGAUCCGCCAGUGGCAGCGCUACAGGGAGAUGGCAGAGAAGCUGCGCAAGUGGCUGGUUGAGGUGUCACAUCAGGGAGGGGGUGAGCGGGACGGAGUGCCAGUACCACUGCAGCAGGCCAGGGCAAUGCUGGACGAGGUUCAGCUGAAAGAGAAGGUCCUCCAGCGGCAGCAGGGCAGCUACGUCCUGACGGUGGAGGCUGGGAAGCUGCUGCUGGUGUCAGCAGACAGUGAAGCGGAGGCAGCGCUGCAGGCCGAGCUCACUGAGAUCCAGGAGCGCUGGAAAGCAGCCCACAUCCACCUGGACGAGCACAAGAGAGAGCUGGCAGCCUUACUCAGGGACUGGGAGAGAUGUGAGAAUGGGAUCGGAGACUCGCAGGAGAAGCUGAGAGCCUUCAAGAGGAAGCUUUCCCAGCCCCUGCCAGACCACCACGAUGAGCUGCACACUGAACAGAUCCGCUGCAAGGAGUUAGAGAACACCUAUGACGGCUGGACGGAGGACCUCGCUCACCUCUCCCUGCUGAAGGAGUCCCUGUCAAGCAAUAUCAGUGCUGAUGACCUGUCAGUGCUACAGGAGCGCAUUGAGCUGCUGCACAGACAGUGGGAGGAGCUCUGCCAUCAGCUCUCCUUACGCAGGCAACAAGUGAGUGAGAAGCUGAACGAGUGGGGGGUGUUCAAUGAGAAGAACAAGGAACUGUGCGAGUGGCUGACUCAGAUGGAGAGCAAGGUUUCUCAAAAUGGAGACAUCAGCAUUGAGGAGAUGAUCGAAAAACUCAGGAAGGACUAUCAAGAGGAGAUCUCUGUGGCCCAGGAAAACAAGAUCCAGCUGCAGCAGAUGGGUGAGAGGCUUGCUACGGCCAGCCAUGAGAGCAAAGCAGCUGAGAUUGAGUACAAACUCAGCAAGGUCAAUGACCGCUGGCAGCAUCUUCUGGACCUCAUUGGAGCCAGGGUGAAGAAGCUGAGGGAGACCCUGGUUGCUGUACAGCAGCUGGAUAAGAAUAUGAGCAAUCUGAAAUCGUGGCUGGCUCACAUUGAAACAGAGCUUUCCAAACCCAUUGUCUAUGAGACGAGCGAUGCUAACGAGAUACAGAGGAAACUCAAAGAACAGCAGGAUCUCCAGAGAGAUAUAGAGAAGCACAGCACUGGUGUGGCCUCAGUGCUGAACCUGUGUGAGGUUCUCCUGCAUGACUGUGACGCCUGUGCCACCGACACUGAGUGUGACUCCAUCCAGCAAGCUACCCGCAGCCUAGACAGGAGGUGGAGAAACAUCUGCGCCAUGUCCAUGGAGAGAAGACUCAAGAUUGAAGAGACGUGGAGGCUUUGGCAGAAGUUCUUGGAUGACUUUUCUCGCUUUGAAGACUGGCUGAAAAUGUCAGAGAGAACAGCUGCCAUCCCCAACUCCGCUGGAGUGCUGUACACUGUAGCCAAGGAGGAGCUGAAGAAGUUUGAGGCAUUCCAGCGGCAGGUCCACGAGAGCUUGACCCAGCUGGAGCUGAUCAACAAGCAGUACCGUCGCCUGGCCCGGGAGAACCGCACCGACUCCUCCUGCAGGCUGAAGCAGAUGGUCCAUGACGGCAAUCAGAGAUGGGACAAUUUGCAGAAGAGAGUGGCCUCCAUUCUGCGUAGACUAAAGCACUUUAUUUGCCAGCGGGAGGAGUUUGAGACAGCCAGGGACAGCAUACUGGUCUGGCUUACAGAGAUGGACCUUCAGCUAACAAACAUUGAGCAUUUCUCUGAGUGCGACGUUCAGGCAAAGAUAAAGCAGCUCAGGGCAUUCCAGCAGGAGAUCUCUCUGAACACUGGGAAGAUUGAGCAGAUUUUCCAGCAGGGUGAGCUGCUGAUCGAGAAGAGCGAGCCCCUGGACGCGGCCGUCAUCGAGGAAGAGCUGGAAGAGCUGCAGCGGUACUGCCAGGAGGUGUUCGGCCGGGUCGAGCGCUACUACAAGAAACUCAUCCGCCUGCCGCUGACUGACGACGAGCAUGAUGUGUCAGACCAGGAGCUAGACUUGGAGGAUGUGGUGGAGCUGUCCAGCCUGAACUGGAAUGACAAGUCAGUGGACAGCGUGCUCUCCCCACACCCCUCCUCCAGCCGCUCCACCUCCAUGGCCCCACCUGUGCGGGCUGAGCGCUCGGGAAGGGACACCCCAGCCAGCGUGGACUCCAUCCCCCUGGAGUGGGACCAUGACUAUGACCUGAGCCGCGGCCUGGAGACCAUGAGCGGCGUGCAGCGGGCCCUCGCCUCCGACGAUGACGAGGACGCCCAGGAAGAUGACAAGGAGUUCUACCUGAGAGGAGCCUCAGCCGUCACAGAUGUAGUGAUCCCUGAGAGCCCAGAGGCCUAUGUUAAACUGACAGAAAAUACUUUGAGAUCAACCUCUGGCGGGCCGGAUUCCCUAGAAACUCAUAUCUGGCAGCUUGACAAAGCCCUGGACACCAGCCGCUUCCAUUUGCAGCAGACUGAAAACGUCAUCCGCAGCAGGACGCCUACAGGGCCAGAGCUGAAUUCUGCCUACAGUGGAUAUAUGAGGCUGUUGUCCGAGUGCCGUGGUAGCAUUGAUACAUUGAAGCGUGUUGGAUACGAACUGAAAGAGGAGGAAGACAAACUGUCUGGACUCAUUGACCUAAACAGCACUGAAACGCAGAGUUCAGGUGUGAUUGAACGUUGGGAGCUGAUCCAGGCCCAGGCCCUCAACAAGGAGCUGCGAAUGAAGCAGAACCUCCAGCAGUGGCAGCAGUUCAACUCUGACCUGGACAACAUCUGGGUCUGGCUGGGGGAGACAGAGGCAGAGCUGGAGCAGCUGCGACACCUGGACCUCAGCACCGACAUCCACACCAUCGAGCUCCGGAUCAAGAAGCUCAAGGAGCUUCAAAAAGCCGUUGACAAACGCAAAGCCAUCGUCCUGUCAAUCAACCUGUGUAGCGCAGAGUUUGUGCAGUCAGAGACUGCUGAGGCGCAGGAGCUGCGAGCGAGACUGGGUCAGAUGAACAAGCGCUGGGACCAUGUGGGCAGCCUGAUCGAAGACUGGCGCCACUCACUGCAGGAUGCACUUAUGCAGUGCCAUGAUUUCCAUGAGAUGAGUCAUGGUCUGCUGCUGUGGCUGGAAAACAUUGACAGAAGAAGGAAUGAAAUUGUUCCUAUUGACCCCAACCUUGACUCAGACACCCUCCAUGACCACCACAAAACUCUGAUGCAAAUCAGGCGGGAGUUAUUGGAGUCCCAGUUGAAGGUGGCCUCUCUGCAGGACAUGUCCAGCCAGCUGCUGGUGAACACGCAGGGCACAGACUGCCUCGAGGCCAAGGAGAAGGUGCAUGUCAUUGGAAACCGUCUAAAGCUCCUUCUGAAGGAGGUCACACGAGACCUUAGAGAGCUGGAAAGGAUGCUCGCCAUCACAAGCAGCCAGCUGGACCUGUCAUCCUGGUCUUCAGCUGACGAACUGGACACCUCUGGGUCCCUGAGCCCCAUCUCUGGCAGAAGCACUCCAAGUCGCCGCCGAUCGCCACGGGGCAAAUGUAGUCUCUCACAGCCUGGACCCUCUGUCAACAGUCCACACAGCAGGUCUCACAGAAGAGGUGGAUCAGGUUCUUCCCAUUCUGAGGUGCAGCGCACUCGGCGUUCCCAGUCCUUCUUCCUUCGGGUGCUCAGAGCAGCUCUGCCGCUCCAGCUGCUGCUUCUCUUACUGAUUGGCUUAGCCUGCCUGGUGCCAAUGACAGAGGAGGACUACAGCUGCACCCUGUCCAAUAACUUUGCCAGGUCCUUUCACCCAAUGUUGAGAUACACCAACGGCCCCCCUCCAAUAUGAAAUGCUGAUUAAAAAUUGACGUUUUUUUUUUUUUUAUUAACAAGAACCACUAAGUUGGUGUCAAUUUCAGUGGAGUGUAUCUAAGUAUGAUGACAUACUAUUCAUCAUUACUUGAUCUGCAUAGUACAGUAAAUGUGGCGCACUACACUGGCACAGAACAGGACAGUGGUAAAUCAAAGAAAGUAGUCCUGUGACUGGCAGGGGGGAAAUGAAAUACCUGUUACCAAAAAAUGAUUGGUCUAUUUACAGUUUAAUAAUACUGACGGUCUUUCAGUGCAAAGUACCACACUGGAUUUACACUAGCUAUUUUUGGUUACAUUUUUAUUUCUUUUUUUCAGCCAGUGCGUCAAGUACAUUAUUGUUACAACAGUAUCCUAACAAGAAACAGUAAACUGUAUUUGCAAAUAAAAAUUGGAUUGUGUGUAAUAUAACAUUUUAAAUAGCUUAUAUAGCAAUUUUUUUACAUUAUUUUUUUUUUGGCAUGUCACUAUAAUCCUUGCUUUUAAACCAAUCGUUGAUAGUCGAAUGCACAAUGUGUAAAUGUGACAGCAAUUUCUAUUGAUGCUGAUAACUGGAUGUAAGAAAUGAAAUCACUGGUUGUGUAAUGAAAUGAUUAUUUGAUGUAAAGCAAACAAAUGUAAACAAGUUAUUUAUGUUUGUACAGUUUGCUAUGGCUAACUUUUUUUAACUGUUUAUUUGCCUUUAAUAUAUUCAUUCUAAAAUCUA